AUGCACGAUUACCGGGUAAAAGAUUUUUUGUUUGCCUUGAACCACAACGUGCACAUAGAAGUGCCCCAUAUUCUUACAUUUGAUGAUGAUAAUCUUCAUCUCUACGAUAUAAACACGUUUGCUCUCCUCAAACGCUUUAAUAUAGCAGAUAUUGAAAUGGUUACGCUAUUUACCGAUUACAAACAAACAUGUUUAAACGGCGUGAAAGAAGCAGUCCAGCCCUCUGAGAUGGAUUCAAGGCGCAUAGAUGAUGGCCAUGAUACGAGAGGUUGCUCUGAGAACAUGGCAAAAUCUUUUUACUUUUUAGUCUACAGGAAGAACAACUUGCACGUCUACAACAACAACACGAUCAUAAAAAAGAUUCAGCUGAAGAAUAUCGAACGGAUUACAAGGACCGGUUCGCGCAUUUACGCGCUAACAAAGAAUCAUUUGUUCACUUUGGACCACGAUCUCACGAUACAAGGAAAGCUGGAUGUACCGAAAAACUGGUCGUUAGUCAACAACCAGUUCAUAGGAGCAAAGGAUGGUAAAUUAUACGAUCUGGAAAUGAAAAUGAUAGGCAGCUUUGGCAAAGAAGUAUCGUUUGUACGCGAUAAGAACUGUAUUGGCUUUGCUGAUGGUACCUUUAAUGUUGAUAGGAGCAGUACGGUCAAAAGAAUGAAAGCGAAUAUGUCCGGCCGUGUUUUGUACCUCGAUACACAGAAUAUCGUUACAGAGCACUCCUUCAACGGCAAGAAAACACCUUACACAAUAAAAAGCGUGUUUGGACAUGAUGAGCAGAUCUAUCUGCUCACCGAUGACAAUGAAAUCAUUGUAAACACUUUCAUAAUAGACAGCGAGUAUCCUGUCACGGACUUUUUUACCGUUGGUGAUGAAAUGUUUUAUGUCAAGGACCGCUCACUAAGAAGGUUGAUGAACCGAAUAAGUGCAUGUGUUUCUGAGGAAACUGGGAAAGAAUCCGCUACAGAGGAAAAGUGGUCGCGAACACUUCGUGAAUCGGAUUUGAUCGUUUCAAGGGAUGUUCUUGUCAUGGAGCAUUCAAUAGCAAAGACGUGUGAAUUUGGUGGCAUGAUAUUUCUGACUGAUGGCCGGUGUGUCGUGGUUUAUUACGAGGACAGUGUUUUCGUUCUUGCGACGAAUUGUGAGAUUAAGGGCCUGUGCGUGGAUGGUGAAAGCAUUGUAUUCGGAACAGAUGGAGGCGAGGUGUGUGUAAUGGAAAAUGAUGUAAGAAAACGUGCCACAAUAGAGAAUACGCAACAGGACACGGAUGCAAUGGGCACAUUUUACACUGAGUUAAGGACUUAUUUGCUGGAAAUGCCGAUAAAGCUUCGUUUUAGUGCACACUCGGAAAUGAUAACCGAUCUGGUAACAGCCAAGGACUUGGUUGUGAGUGCUGAGAGAAGAAGACGGGUGAGAGUACACGAUAAGAACGGUAAUUUGGUGAAUGAGAUAAAGGCAACAUCCAAUUCUCUGGUCAGACAGGAGGACAGCAAAGGAUGUUGCUUCUUGAUGGUAAUGGGCAACAAAGUCAGAAUAUAUAACAAUUUUCAAAUGGUUGAUGAGAUCGAACACGUCAAUGACGUGAACACGUGCAUCCUGCAGGAUAAAAAGGUGCAUUUGAUCGAUUACAAGGGGAAUUACGUCCUUUAUAGCAUCGGUAAGAAGACGAAGGAAACUUUCAACAUAAACCGGGUGUUUGGACGGGCAUGCGAGAAUGAUAGAUUUAAGACGUUUUAUUCCGACAAAAGCUUUGAUCUGUGCCCGUUUUCAAUGCGUAUUUGCAACGAUACGCUGGUGUUUGCCGGUAACUUCUUCAUAUUCAUAGAGAAAUACAAAGUAAAAGACAAAGAAAUCAUCAUCAACGAGUUAAAGAACAACAAGCUCAACAUAAAUUACAUUCUGCAGUACAACAUGAGUGUGAAUAUUUUAGAGAACUUGAUGGAUAACAGGGUUGAUGGCAUAGAGGUGACAAGACAUGAAGGAAUGUUUGUGCUGAGCAAACCAUUCCUGAGCACUAUUAGUGCGUGCAACCGACAAAAAUACGUAAAUUAUCUGAAGAAAUACAUCAAUUAUAGCAAGUAUAUCGGGAUUACACAGGUGCUUGUCAGGGAGUGUUUGGAUGCAGGCAUGAGGUUAGAUUGUGAUAUGAGCCGUGUUACCGAUUGGGUAGAGAACGUUCAUCGUGAUCUCGUUGGUAUGAAGCUAUUGUUCAAGAGUAAAGAGAAGUGAUAAUUAUAAGUGUUUGGUAUUUUUUGUUUUGGGAAGAGUUUUGUCUACCGCAAGUGUGGUUUAAGUGGUACUUCAUUUAAUUUUGAUACGAGGAGGUGUUUUUAAUGAUUGGUAUUAAUCAGCGAUUUUAACAUUUUU